CAAAUUAGAAUAAAACAAAAAUAUUUAAACAUUCAUAUUAAUAAAUAUGUAAAUUAAGGCGUAUGAAGCGGGACGUACAAAAGUCACGGCGGACGUGAUGCACGAGACAGUCAAAUAUGAAACAUGUCUUAUCCAGCCAAUAACGAAAGAGAAAGAUUUGAAUACGUUUUCACUCUGCCCAAUAGCUCGCUAGGUGGGCGUGUCCGUGUCAUUUUCCUCAGUGAGCCUCACCAAAAGCACUUCGCUCGCUAGGUGCUCAAAGUGCCGAGUUUUCUUUGCUGUCGCUUUCCUUUCCACAGUUUGUGUUCUAGUUUUAUCGACCUACAUCGACAAAAUAUACUAAUAAGCUCGACAGGACUGAGAUGUUACAGUUUAGGGCUUCUGUUGUGCUGAAGGAGUUGAUUCAAACCAGCCAUAAGCGUUCGUUAUCAGACAUUUUAAGCUUUAAAAAGACUUUACCGAGCGCGUACCGCUUCAGCUCCGCGUAUUCAAACGGCAAAACACCAAAGUUAAAUAUCGUCCGUAAUGGAAGAUAUAUACCUUUCAUUCAACCUCUGUAUUCGAGGAGAUUCCUAUGUACAAAACCCGAGGGAGCGAUCGCACCGGAGACCGUGAAGACAGAUGAGACCAUCCAGGAAACGACGGCGGACAAGAGAAGGAAAGCUGGAAUCCUGCCCAGCUUGGAGGAUCUGCUGUUUUACAGUAUUGCUGAAGGCCAAGAGAAGAUCCCAGCCCACAAAUUCAUUACCGCGCUGAAGGCCACCGGUCUUCGGACAGGAGAUCCACGGCUGAAAGAAUGUAUGGACAUGUUGAAAGUCACCCUGAAGUCCACUUCAGAUGGCGUGAUGCUGGACCGGCAACUUUUCAAAAAGUGUGUCCAGAGCAACAUUGUCCUUUUAACCCAGGCCUUCCGGAAAAAGUUUGUCAUCCCUGAUUUCCAGGCAUUUACUUCCCAGAUUGACACUCUCUAUGAGAAAGGCAGAAAACUUUCUGGUGGACUGGUUGCUGACUACAUUCCCCAACUUGCCAAAUUUAGCCCAGAUUUGUGGGCCGUGUCGCUGUGCACAGUUGAUGGACAGAGACACACGGUUGGUGACACUAAAGUGCCGUUCUGCCUGCAGUCGUGCGUGAAGCCGCUGAAGUACGCUGUUGCUGUCCACGAUCACAGCACCGAAUUUGUGCAUCGCUUCAUUGGGAAAGAGCCCAGCGGCUUACGCUUCAACAAACUCUUUCUGAAUGAGGAGGAUAAACCGCAUAAUCCCAUGGUAAAUGCCGGCGCUAUUGUGUGUACCUCUCUGAUAAAGCAAGGGGCAGGCAAUGCUGAGAAGUUUGAUUAUUUGAUGAACUUCCUGAAGAAGAUGGCAGGAGACGAAUAUGUUGGCUUCAGCAAUGCCACAUUUCAGUCAGAACGUGAGACGGGUGACAGGAACUUCGCUAUUGGCUAUUAUCUGAAAGAGAAAAAGUGCUUUCCAGAGGGUACCGAUAUGAACGCUGUUCUGGACUUGUACUUUCAGCUCUGCUCCAUCGAGGUGACAUGUGAGAGCGCUAGUGUCAUGGCGGCCACACUGGCCAACGGUGGCUUCUGUCCAAUCACAGGCGAGCGCGUGGUGAGCCCAGAGGCCGUGCGAGACACCCUCAGCCUCAUGCACUCCUGCGGCAUGUAUGACUUCUCGGGGCAGUUCGCCUUCCAUGUGGGCCUUCCGGCCAAGUCCGGUGUGUCUGGGGGUAUUCUGCUGGUUGUGCCUAAUGUGAUGGGCAUCAUGUGCUGGUCUCCUCCAUUGGACAAGCUCGGCAACAGUGUCCGAGGCAUCCAGUUCUGCACGGAUCUGGUGUCCUUGUUCAACUUUCAUAACUAUGACAACCUGAGGCACUUCACCAAGAAGCUCGAUCCUCGCCGCGAGGGAGGGGAACAGCGGGUGAAAUCUGUCAUCAACCUUCUCUUUGCUGCCUACACAGGAGACAUGUCUGCCUUGAGAAGGUUUGCAUUGUCCUCUAUUGACAUGGAACAGAGGGAUUAUGACUCCAGGACGGCUCUGCAUGUAGCAGCCGCUGAGGGACACGUUGAGGUGGUGAAGUUUCUUCUGGAGGCCUGCAAGGUGAACCCUGGUCCCAAGGACAGAUGGGGCUACACACCGAUCGAUGAGGCAAGGCAGUCUGGGCAUCAUGACAUGCUCAUACUUCUGCAGGAGUACUCUGAAAAAUACAAUCCAUCUACAAACCCUGCCGCAGACAAAGAGACCACUGAGAAAAACCUGGACGGGAUGCUGGAGACAUAACUAACCAACCAGUCUCCCACAAGACAAUACUCUUCUUAACCCGCAAGGAUUACUGUAUGUUUAUAAGGUUAGUGUGUCAUUUGUCCUAAAAUGUAGAAAUAUAUACAGUAUAUAAUAUAUAUAUUUUUAUUUUAUAUUCUCUGUAUGUUUUUGUAAGACAUCUACUUUCUCCAUUUGGUUCUCACAACGAGGUAUAGUAGGAUUUCAGUAUCAAAUUGUGCAAACCAUGUAAUACAUGCAUAUUGUUGAUUGUGCCGAUGAUGUCUUGUAAACCUUGACAACCUGUUCUUGUAAGGAUGCACUUAUUUAUUUAUUGUUAUUUAAAGUUAAAUAUACCAAACAGUUUGCUGUUUAGUGAAUGUUAUAUUUUCAGGAAAUAAUGUAGUUUUGUAUUGAGCUGUCAUAAUUCUCUCAUAGUUUUGUUUAUUUCAUCAUACUUAUUAGAACAUUUUAACCACUGCCAAACACAUAUUUUCUGCUAAUAUUCUUUACAUGAGUACCAGCACACAGUAUAACAGACAUAAAAGUAAUGUGUAAAAUCUGAAUUUAGAAGUGUUAGAACAUCAGAUUUCUGUUAUACUAAAGAAAUUCACAAAAGCAUAUGUAAGUCACAUUUCGAACAUUUACUUAGUGGACUCUGGUAAAUCAUUGUUAGAAAUUAUGUGUCUGCAUUAGGAAGACUCCUUACUCUUUUCAUAAAUAUAUUACAAGGUUUAUAUACUGUACACCCGCGGGGAAAAAUUAAGAGACCAUUCCAUAUUUUAUAUACAAAUCAGCAUUUCUAGAUGUAUUGUGGCCAUUUCAGUCCAGUGUCUGUUGAAUUUCAACAAAAUCAAACCUCAGGAGUGACAGAAAGUCACCCAACAGCAAUGUGAAAGACUGACACAAGAUAAGACAUGUGAUAUCAUUUUGAACUUUUCCUAAAUACAUGUACAAAUAUUACUGUUUUAUAGCCUGAAAGUCAAUAUGAACUUGUUUUCUUUUUGAGGUCUGAUAAAAAAAGAGAACAUUUUCUGUUAUUUUGACCUGUUUCUAUUUUAGAAAAACAAAUUAUUAUUUGACCUGUUUCUAAUUUUGAAAAAAUAAUUAUUAACUUGUUUUCUUUUUGAGGUCUGAAAAAUACAGAGAAUAUUUUCUGUUAUUUUGACCUGUUUCUUCAGUUUUCAAUAUCAGCAAAUACAUGCAAAUAGAAAAAAGAUUGUGACAUUCAAAUUUGGAAAAACAAACUAUGACAUUAAAAUAUUUUACCUAAACUCUAUUAAAAGUACAUUUUAAUCAGAAAAAUGGUCCCUGAAAUGGUCUCCUAAUUUUUUCCUUGGCUGUAUAUUUGAUGUCUUCUUGGAUAUUGUGUUAGCAAUAUGGAUGGUAAAAAUGAAGCUAAUGUUGAAAAACUGGCAAACGAAAUGAAUGUAAACUAUUCAACAAUGAGUCUUAAUUCAGUGUUUAGCUGCACACAAACUGAUUGGUGUGUGUACAUGUGCAGUAAAGAAAUGCUAUACAAAUAUUUAUUUUGAUGUGCAAAAGUCAAUAAAAUAGUUUAAAUAAAAGGUUGUCGUUUUCUCAUACAAUACAAAUGACACUAACAGAAGCAAAACUGCAGUGUUUUAAAUAGUUGUGCGCACUAUUCUUACAUGUACAUCAGUUUGAUAUCAAAUCAGAUUGUGCUCAUCACCAUUUGGCACAAUUUGCACAAUAGUGAUAUGUGAUGAUCAAUAUAUUUGAAUACAAUUUUUUUUCUUCACUUCACUUAAAUUCUUUGGGGGUAAAUUUGACCUUGUGACAAACCCGUCUGCUUGGACUCUUGAAUCAGGACCAAUAAAACAAAUAUACAUCUUUCAUUGAACCAAAAAAAAAAUGAAUGGGUUAUUCAAAAUAUCAGAUUCUCGGAA